AUGGACACUAAACAACUGGUAACCAUACCGUCCCCAUGGGAUCGCAUUAAUAUUAUAUCCAGAUUUACUUUUAGUUGGGUAUGGAGCCUAUUUAUACAGGCCCAUAAAAAGGACCUGGACUUUACCGAUCUAUACCGGUGCUCAAAAUCUGAUGAAACUAAAUACGUGCGCAACAAAUUGGAAAGAAAUUGGAUAACUGAGCAAGCUAGUUUUAAAAAAACUAGUAAACCACCCUCCCUGGCCCUGGCAUUGUUCAAAACGUUUGCACCCGAACUACUACCAUGGAUAUUGUUGAAUACAUUUCAGGAAGUCAUCAUCAAAGUCAGCGUACCGUUAAUGUUGGGCUAUGUUGUACGCUAUUUUCAGGGCGACCCCCAAAUUACUCGCCAGUGGGCCGUCUGGGCGGCGGUCGGUAUUGUAUUGAUGUCAGUACUGGACCGGUUUGUUAUCAAUCAUAUUACCUAUUGUUAUACAUUGCGUGUGGGUAUGCGUAUGAGAGUGGCCACAUCGGCGCUUAUCUAUCGUAAGUCAAUGAAAUUGAGUCGUUCAUCGCUGGCAAAGACAACUGUCGGUCAAAUUGUAAACAUACUGUCCAAUGAUGUCAACCGUUUUGAUGAGUUUUCAUUUUAUGCCCAAUCAAUAGUGGUCGCACCACUACAGUCGGCACUAGUAUUAUAUUUUCUAUGGGGUGAACUCGGUUGGGCCUGUCUGGCCGGUAUGGCUGUACUUAUACUGUUCAUACCCUUCCAGCUAACAGUGGGCGCACUGUUUCGACAAAUACGGGGAAAGACUGCUGUUUUAACCGAUAGUCGGAUACGUAUAAUGAAUGAGAUUAUUGGUGGUAUGCGUGUCAUUAAAAUGUAUACCUGGGAGAUGGCGUUUGCACAGUUGGUUUCGGUUGUCCGCAAAUCUGAAGUAAAGCGCAUCCGAAACAGUAAUUUCCUUAAAGGUAUCAAUCUUUCCGUAUAUUUUCUACUGCCACGUGUUAUUGUCUACCCGUGUAUACUGAUGUAUGUCCUGAUGAAUACUGGCCAGUUGGCUGCCGAUACAGUGUUUGUUACUGUUUGCUAUGUCAAUACUAUGCGCUUGAUUAUCGGUAAGGGUGUACCGUUUGUUAUCGCCGCCACCAAUGAACUAAUAGUUGUUAUCCGACGUAUGGAGGAGUUCCUAUUGCUUGAUGAUAUCAAACAAAUUGAUGGAAAACCUAAAAAAUUAGAUGAACUAAAAGUUGAUGAUAAUUAUGAUAAGAAAACUGGUGUUACCAUUGAUAAUAUAACUGCUCGUUGGACUAAUGAUGUGAUUGAACCGACACUUAAGGAUAUUAGUGUUUGUGUAAAACCGGGACAAUUGUUAGCCGUAAUUGGACCGGUAGGCAGUGGAAAGAGUUCGCUGUUGAUGUCAGUCCUAAAUGAGAUGACAGUCGAUUCGGGUUCACUACAAGUGUCGGGUCGGGUAUCGUAUGCACCCCAGGAGUCGUGGGCUUUCAUUGCCAGUGUUCGCGAUAACAUAUUGUUCGGUUCGGAGUAUGACGAGCACCGGUACCAACAAGUGGUCAAAGUGUGUGCAUUGGACAGGGAUUUCAAAUUGUUUCCGUUCGGCGAUAAGACACUCGUGGGUGAAAAGGGUGUACUGUUGAGUGGCGGCCAAAAAGCACGUAUCAAUUUGGCCAGGGCACUAUAUCGUCAAGCAGAUAUCUAUUUGUUGGACGACCCGUUAUCGGCAGUUGAUGCACAGGUAGCCAAACAUAUAUUUCAAAAAUGUCUAAUUGAUUAUCUAAAAGAUAAGGCACGUAUAUUAGUAACACAUCAGAUACAGUUCCUUAAGGAAGCCCAUAAGAUACUGGUGCUCGACGAGGGCCGGUGUGUAGCACUGGGCAGCUAUGAUGAACUAAAACAGUCGGGUAUUAAUCUGAUGUCAUAUCAGCGAACUACCGGUGCUGACCACAUGAAAACUACUGGUGCUGGUGGUGGUGGUCGACCUAUAAUGAACCGUACGAUUUCGUUUACGCCGUCAAUGGUCAGCAGUAUCAGCGAAGGAUCCGACUUAGCUCACGAAGACAUUGGUAAACAAUCGACAAAUUUGGACGACGAACCAGAAGUAAAAGCCGAAAGCAAAAUGAUCGGUAGUGUCGACUCAACCAUCUAUUGGGACUAUAUUAAGGCCGGUGCUGGACCUGUGCUGAUGACCAUAACGUUUCUGAUGAUUUUGUUGUCACAGUCGCUAUAUCAGGGAAGCGACUAUUGGAUGUCCUAUUGGACAAACCAUAAUAACGAUAACAAUGACAACCGUAAUAUUAUCAUCUAUUCGGCACUGAUUGUAGGCCUGUGCGUGACAUCACUGUUAGCCACUGUAUCGUUUUAUAUGAUGUGUAUGCGGGCAUCGAUAAUACUAUAUAGACGUAUAUUUUCAACACUAUUGCGAGCACCCAUACACGUGUUUGAGAGUUCACCGGCAGGCCGUAUAUUGAAUCGGUUUGCCAAAGAUACCGGUAUUAUUGAUGAACAGUUACCGUCGACAGCAUUUGACUUAAUAAUUAAUCUAUGUCUAGUAAUCGGUAAUUUAAUUAUCAAUGCAAUAGUCAAUUGGCUUCUGGUGUUUCCGGCUAUACUAUUACUGUUAUUGGUAUUCAUGUGUCGGUAUUUCUAUAUUAGGGCCGCCCGUGAUAUCAAACGACUGGAAGGCUUAUCCAGAAGUCCUAUCUAUUCGCACGUAAGCAACACAUUGGCCGGACUGUCGACCAUCCGAUCACAGGAAGCACAGCACAUGUUUGAACGGCAGUUCGAGUACUACCAGAACGACAACACUUCCACCUAUUUUCUGUUCAUCUGUACGUCCCGUGCCUUCGGCGUACUAAUGGACAGCAUAUGUCUGGUCUAUAUCGGCGCUGUUGUAGCCUUUGUAAUGUCUCUGUCGGACAGUGUAUCCGGCGGUAAUGCCGGACUGGUAUUGUCGUCGGCACUGACGUUGACCGGUACGACACAGUACGCGGUCAAGUGUUCGGCCGAUCUCGAGUCCUAUAUGACUGCAGUGGAACGGGUGCUCGAAUAUACCCGAAUCGAUACGGAAGCCAAUCUCGAGUCGACACCCGAUAGAAAACCGUCAACCGAUUGGCCACAAACGGGCGGUAUUGAGUUUAUCAAAAUGAGUUUACAAUACGCCGAAUCGCCGGCACCGGUACUCAAAGAGAUAACUGUAUCGCUGAAAGGUGGGGAAAAAAUCGGUGUCGUUGGUCGCACCGGUGCCGGCAAAUCGUCAAUAAUAGCCGGUCUGUUCCGAUUGACUGAACCCAGUGGUCAAAUAGUUAUCGACGGCAUAGAUAUCCAGUCGAUUGGUUUACACGAUCUGAGACGUCAGAUAUCGAUUAUACCUCAAGAACCGGUUCUGUUCACGGGUUCGGUACGUAAAAACUUGGAUCCAUUCGAUGAACAAUCAGAUGAAGAAUUAUGGUCAGCAUUAGAUGAGGUACAGCUCAGGGAUGCAAUCAGUCAAUUGCCCGGUAUGCUGGACGGUAUAGUCAGCGAAGGUGGCAGUAAUUUUAGUGUCGGUCAACGCCAACUGGUAUGUCUGGCCAGAGCUAUAUUGCGUGACAAUAGGAUACUGGUGUUGGACGAGGCAACCGCUAAUGUUGACCAUCAAACCGAUGCAUUGAUUCAGCGGACAAUACGCGAAAAGUUUCGUAACUGUACUGUCAUUACUAUUGCUCACCGAUUGAACACAAUUAUAGACUCGGAUAAAGUGCUGGUUUUAGACGCGGGAGAAGUAGUUGAAUACGGAAUACCUUACAAACUGUUGGAAUCGCAUAACGGUCUGUUUACACGACUGGUCAGCCAAACGGGCAAACAUAUGGCCACUCGGUUGCGACAAAUGGCCAAACAUUACUAUUCAAACAAAUUUGACGUACAAUUAGAUGAAAGAGAUUCUGAAAAUUAAUUAGAAAUUUAUAGAUAUAAUUAU